AAUUCGGAGACAUUUACAGACAUACUAUCAACUUCCGGUUGGGUGUGAGCGAGUGUCUUGCUUAAAAAAUAUCUAGUUUUACUGCCCUGAGGGCCUACAUUUUUGUUUUCAGUUUUGCCUGUACGCUUGAGUUUAUUCCGCACUGUUAGAAAAUGUCUAAGUCACUGAAGAAGAUAGUGGAGGAGAGUCGGGAGAAGAAUUUGCCAGAGGUGGACAUGUGUGACAGAGGAAUUUCAAACCUACUGGAUAUUCCUGGGCUGUUCACCUUGUCCAACAUAACCCAACUGGUGCUGAGUCACAACAAGCUGAAUGCUGUGCCUCCAAACAUCACAGACCUGAAGAACUUGGAAGUGUUGAAUAUGUUUAAUAACCAGAUUGAAGAGCUUCCAACCCAGAUCAGUAGCCUUCAAAAACUGAAACACCUGAACCUUGGGAUGAACAGGUUGAGUACUCUUCCAAGAGGGUUUGGAUCUCUUCCGGCAUUGGAGGUUCUGGAUCUUACGUACAACAACCUGAACGAGUCCUCGCUGCCUGGGAAUUUCUUUUACCUUACCACCCUGCGCGCGCUCUAUCUCAGUGACAACGAUUUUGAGAUUUUGCCCCCAGACAUCAGCAAGCUGGCCAAGCUACAGAUAUUGAGUUUGAGGGAUAAUGACCUCAUCUCUAUGCCCAAAGAGAUAGGAGAUCUUGCUCAGCUAAAGGAACUUCACAUUCAAGGGAACAGACUCACAGUACUGCCUCCUGAACUUGGUAACCUGGACCUGACGGGCCCGAAGCAGGUGUUUAAGGCUGAGAAUAACCCCUGGGUGACUCCUAUAGCUGACCAAUUCCAGCUGGGCAUCUCUCACGUGUUUGAGUAUAUCCGCUCGGAGACCUACAAGUAUCUUUAUGGGAGACACAUGCAGGCCAACCCCGAGGCGCCCAAAAAGAACACGGACAAAUCCAAAAAGAUCAGCCGCAAGCCGCUGGCGGCCAAAAACAAGUGAAGAAGAGUAUGAAGAAGGGCUGAUCCAACUCUCUGAGCUGAACCUCACUGCAUGUGCCUUCCCGUUUUAUAUUUAUUCUGAAAAUAUGUUUUAUAUUGCUUCAGUAUUAUGUUAAUCACUAACCUCUGGGUGAGUCCACCCUUGAUACGCCCCAAAACCCGUUACUGAAUGUUAUUGACCCAAGUUUUAAAAGUGACUGUCUGAUUUUGCCAAGAGACAAGUGUCCUUUUUUUCUACUUACGAUCUACAUAUUUACACUGUUUAAGAGUAAGUGCUACUUCUGUUAAGUCACACUUGAAAGGAAUGGUUAACUCAAAAAUGAAAAUUCUGUCGUCAUUUAUUCACCCUCGUGUUGUUCUAAAGCCGAAUGCAGUUUACUUUUCUGUUUUACAAAAACAAAAGUAGAAAUUGUUAGAGAUUUUCUUUUUUUUUCUCUUGCAAUUAAAAAGAAUGGUGACUGGAGCUUUCAAGAUUUCGGAAUAAUGCAAAAGUGCCAUAAAAGCAGCAGUACAAUUCAUGAACAAAUAGUUAUGAAGAGUCUAAUGUUUUUAAUGACUCUAAAACUAGUCUGAAUAAUUCAUUCACAAGUCCAGUUUUGAGGUCACUCCCGGUACAGUGGUUAACAGUUUUCUGGAGCUGAAGAUUAUUAGUGAAUAAUGACUUAAAUGUUGGUCUUUUCCUCACACAAAUCCAUAGUAAUGAUUCGUAUAUUCGUUAAAGCUCUUGUGUCCAUCCUUUGUAAUUGCAAAGAAAACGACAAGCACAUUCUUCAAAAUUUCUCCUAGUGUGUUCUACAGAAGAAAUAUUGGUCAUGGUCAAAUUGGUUUGGAACAACAUGAUGGUGAGUAAGGGAAUUUUCAUUUUUGGAUGAACGAUCUAUUUAUCAACAUUAUUGUACAUGGUGUUGGACGUUAAUCAGGUUUCUGAACAUGUUUCUUUUGCCUGAAUCGCUAGAGAGGCAGAGGAAGUAUUGUCCUAUCCAGCCAUCCACAUGAGGAGAGCAGCAUUUCUUAGUGAAUUCUUUGGGGUAGUGACAAAGCUUGUAUAACUGUACAGGGAUUUAGCCAAAGUUUUGGGGUCUUAGUCGAGUCUGAGCAGGAUUGUGUCAGGUCUCUGGGGGGAUGCCGCUGACUGCUUCCUCUGCCUCUUAAUGACAGAUAUGAAUGGCUGCAAAAGAAAGCUUCAGAUGGUACACAGCCGAAACCAGACAGAAACGUCCCACUGGCCAUUUGAAAGGGUCAACAAGAUAUCGCAACAAACCAUAGAUGGCGUUCUUUGAAACCAUCAACAUGUAACAGCCAAUGUUUCUGACUGUUAUUGUUUUCAAUGUAACAUGACAGUGCAACUUCUUACCGAACAAUGCAGUUUAUAAAAAAAUGGAUUGUGGUCGAAAUAAUUUAGCAAUAAUUGUAAAUUUGGUUGUAAUGAUGCCCACUACGCCUUUAGGUUGCAUACACUAACAUCUUCUUAUUCUGCAAAGCUUGAAGUUUUACUUUUUUUACAGAUGUGGUUUAUAUUGUAAAAGGUCACAGAAUGUUUAAUUAAUUACAUUAUAAAGCUGUAAUAUUUUAAUCUCUUUUAUCAUGCGCACAUGAAGCUAUGCGCCUUGUGCUGUA